UGUUCGAAAUUAGGGCUAAAUUAAAUUAUCCCAAAACCUUCUUCACUCCGCUAAAUCGCACACACAAUUUCAGAACAAUGGGAUGGAUCGGAGAGCAAAUCGAUUCAGUGAAAUCUAUGCAAUUCCGACAACUGUUCACUCAAGCCAUUAGCCUCGGUAUGAUUGUUACAUCAGCGUUAAUAAUAUGGAAAGGGCUUAUGUGCAUUACUGGUAGUGAAUCACCUGUUGUUGUUGUGCUUUCUGGAAGUAUGGAACCUGGUUUCAAAAGGGGUGAUAUUUUGUUCUUGCAUAUGAGUAAGGAACCAAUUCGUGCUGGAGAGAUUGUGGUGUUCAAUGUUGAUGGGCGUGAAAUUCCGAUUGUUCAUCGCGUGAUUAAGGUUCAUGAGCAUGAAGAUGGAGAAGUCGAUGUCCUUACAAAAGGCGACAACAAUUUUGGAGACGACAGGCUUCUGUAUGCUCAAGGCCAGAUGUGGUUGCAACGACAUCAUAUUAUGGGGAGAGCUGUCGGGUUUCUGCCUUACGUUGGUUGGGUGACAAUCAUAAUGACAGAACAGCCGAUAAUCAAGUAUAUUCUAAUAGGUGCUCUUGGAUUGCUAGUGAUAACUUCAAAAGAAUAGCAUGCAUUGGAAAGGUUGUUUACUCAGUGUAGAACAUUCUCGGUUUGAUUUUACAUUUUGUGGACCGAUAUAGCUUCAAUAUAAACUGUUUUGUGCCAUGUGUAUUUUACUUAUUGAUACGAUCAGGAUUUUUAAAUUAACAAGAGCUAAACUUACGCAACUA